AUGUCGCCACCAGUGCUAGAGAGUUGGAAUUCAAUCUUAAACAAUCUGAAGGUCAUGAACAAGUGUAUAGAAGGCCACACGAGCAUCUUACGAAAGCCAGAUUCAGGAGCCGACAUGUGGCAGAAUGGUGAAAUCCAGAACCUCACGUACUGUAUGAAAUCAGGUGACUAUGACGUGGCGUCGCAAAUCCCCGCUCAGUUAGUAGGUUCUCCUCUUCUCAGCGGUCCAAUGCUGUUUCGGUGUUCUCGUGAAACUUCUGAGGUAGUCACGAAGCUUAACAGCUCAGCAUACUUCAGCAACGAGUGCUUGUCUCCGACCAGCCUCGUGUCCGACGCCAUAACGCAGCCGUCCAACAGCACUGAACUUUUUCUUUCUAAUGGGAUUCAUCCCCAGAGAACGGGCAUGGAGUCGUGUCCAGUGAUAGAAUAUGACACGUCUAUAUUUACGUCAACUAUCAUUUCCGAGUUUCACCUGGUAUGCGAGCGAGAGAGCCUGCAGCCGCUCUUCCAGAUGAUGUAUACAGUUGGGGUCAUAUUCGGCAGUCUCUUUGGGGGAUAUAUUGGCGACAAAUGGGGUCGUCGCCGGGCCGUGCAGGGCGGGGUGGUCGUCUAUGUCGCGGUCGUUCUCGCCAUGGCCUUCGUGCCGUCGUUCGGCUUCGUGCUGGCCAUGCGCGUGAUGGUGGGCAUCACGCACCAGUGCAUGCUGAUUCCUGUUUGGAGCCUUACCCUCGAGUCGACCCCCACGCGCCACCGCAGCCUCGUCGGGAUGCUCCUAGGCCUCCCUUACUCGGUCUUCGUGAUGGUGCUGGCGGGCGUCGGGUACUUCGUCCGGACGUGGAAGUACCUCAUGCUGGUGUGUUGCGCCCCGGCCCUCGCCCUGCUGCCGCUCUCCUUGUGUGUUGUUUGUGGGUUGUGUUGGCUUGAAUUCGUAAUGGACGAGUCAGCGCGAUGGCUAAUUCAGCAAAAACGACGAGAAGAGGCCAGGAAAGUGCUGAGGAAAGCAGUGAGGCAGAACAAGGCUAAACUUCCCGUUCCUCUAGAAACGAUCAUUGGGAAUUUGCACCAGAUAUACGACAGCGAAUAUUUGCAGCGUGAAUGCAUUGCCGAAGACAACCAGUCUGCUGUAAGGAAGUCUCUCAAAGAGGCGUGGGAGUACCUGCAAUCCCCCGCCAUGAGGACCAUCAUCCUCGUUACGCCCAUUCUUUGGUUUCUCCAGAGCUGCCUCUAUCUUGCAGUCGCCAUCAACGCCAACAACUUUAACAGAUCCCAUAUGAAUUAUGUAUCACUAGAAUACAGUUAA